CAAAACAUCUAGUUACCACCACAUUAGCACACUGAAUUCACUGAGAUGAGCGCCUCCACUGAUGACAACUGGCAACCCAAAGCCAUAGUCUUCGAUCUUCUCACCGGCCUCUUAAACUCCUGGGAUCUAUGGGACGCAUCAACCCCAUCCAAAACCCACCAAGAAGGCGGCCGCUGGCGUCAACGCUAUCUCGAAAUCACCUUUGGCACUGGCUCCUACAAGCCCUACGAAGAUCUCGUCAGACAGGCUGCUGCUGAAGUUGGUCUUCCAGCAUCAGCGCCUGAAGCGCUCCUCAAGAAUUGGUCGAGCAUAAAAGCGUGGGAUGAAGUCCCCUCUGUUCUCCGAGCUUUAAGAGCCCAGGGCUAUAAACUUGGUGUUAUUACCAAUUGUUCGAAGCACUCGGGAUAUAUCGCUAUUCAUGGUGUUGAGAAGCAGGCUAGCGUUGGGCUUCAUACGCCUUUUACUUUUGACGCGGCGGUUACUGCUGAGGAGAGUGGGUUUUAUAAGCCUGUUAUAGAAGCAUAUCACAGCAUCCUGCCUAAACUAGGGGUUGACGCAGAGGAUAUUCUUUUUGUUGCUGGAAGUGCAGGAGAUGUUGAGGGUGCAACAAAUGCUGGGAUGAGAGUUGUUUGGCAUAACAAGAUUGGGUUGGCGAAGAAGGGUAAUGCAGUUCCGUUGAGAGAGAGUAGGACGUUGGAUGAUGCUCUGAAGGGGUAUUUGAAGAAGGUCGAGUAGUAACUACAC